AAUUUAUGGCAACAUUAGUGCAUUAUCUGACAGCUACGCAACGAUUGCAUAUCAGUCUGACUGAAACGAAAAUAUUACGUUUUUUAUCCUUUUUGUAGCGGUGUAGUGAGUUUUGUGAGUGUCGCUCCCUUAAUUAUUAUAAAUUCCGUCCAAGGAGUGCAAGAAAGCAAAGGGAGUUGCAAUGCCCUCAUCGGAGGGCCGUCGGUGAAAGUGCAUGGUGUUGUGACCGUGAUAGAGGCGGCGCGAGUGGGCAGCCGUGAGGAUGGGCGUGGGUCUGCAGCCGCUCGAGUUCACCGAGUGCCUGGCGGACAGCCCGCAGUUCCGCGAGAACCUGCAGCGCCACGAGAAGGAGCUCGAGCGCACCAGCCAGCAGAUCAAGCGCCUCAUCAAGGAAGUCAAGGAUGUCGUCCAGGCUGCAAAACGGCUGGGCGCGGCGCAGCUGGCGCUGGCGGCCAGCAUGGAGCAGUUCGAGUUCGCGUGCAUCGGCGCCUCCAUGACGGAGGACGAGCGCGUCAUCAGCCGCUCGCUGCACCACUUCGCGCACCUCAUCCGCACCAUCGAGGACGAGCGCGACCGCAUGCUGGGCCGCGCGCACGAGCAGAUCAUCCAGCCGCUGGAGAAGUUCCGCAAGGAGCACAUCGGCGCCGUCAAGGAAGGUAAGAAGAAGUUCGACAAGAAGACCGCCAAGUUCUGCCAGACGCAGGAGCGGACGCUCUCGCUGUCCACCAAGAAGCCCGAGAAUGUCUUCCAGGAGGCGGACGCCGCGAUGGACAUGGCGGAGCGCGACUUCUGCCAGGCGUCGCUGGAGUACGUGUUCCAGCUGCAGGCCGUGCAGGAGCGCAAGAAGUUCGAGCUGGUGGAGACGCUGCUGGGCUUCGUGUUCGGCUGGUGGACCUUCCACCACACCGCGCACGACGUGCACGCCGACGCCGAGCCGCGCGUGCGCGACCUGCAGCUGCGCAUCCAGCGGACGCGGAGCAACUUCGAGGAGACCAGCAAGCAGACCGAGUCGCUCAUGAAGAAGAUGAUGGAGGUCAGGCAGAUGACCAAAGAAGAAGAAGCCGGGGAAGACAGCGGCGGCGUCCCGCGCGCCGGGUACCUGUUCCUAAUGGAAAAAAAGGCAUUUGGCACGACGUGGAGUAAACAGUAUUGUACAUACGAGCGUAGUUCGCGAACGCUAUCGCUCACGCCAUAUAAUCAGAUAAACGUCAAAACGGGCGGCAGCGGCGAGUGCGUGUGCGUGUGCGGCGGACGCGGCUGCGCGGAGCCGCCGGAGCGACGCUUCUGCUGGGAGGCCGUGCCCGCCGAGCGCGAGCGGCCGCCGCUCACGCUGCAGGCGCUGUCCGAGCGCGACCGCGCCGCCUGGCUGCGCGCGCUCGACGGCCCGCCCGCGCCGCACGCCGCGCCCACAGCCAGGCGCUGUCCGAGCGCGACCGCGCCGCCUGGCUGCGCGCGCUCGACGGCCCGCCCGCGCCGCACGCCGCGCCCACAGCCAGGUGAGUGGCUGCUGCCGGGAGCCGUGCCGGCCGAGCGCGAGCGGCCGCCGCUCACGCUGCAGGCGCUGUCCGAGCGCGACCGCGCCGCCUGGCUGCGCGCGCUCGACGGCCCGCCCGCGCCGCACGCCGCGCCCACAGCCAGGCGCUGUCCGAGCGCGACCGCGCCGCCUGGCUGCGCGCGCUCGACGGCCCGCCCGCGCCGCACGCCGCGCCCACAGCCAGGUGAGUGGCUGCUGCCGGGAGCCGUGCCGGCCGAGCGCGAGCGGCCGCCGCUCACGCUGCAGGCGCUGUCCGAGCGCGACCGCGCCGCCUGGCUGCGCGCGCUCGACGGCCCGCCCGCGCCGCACGCCGCGCCCACAGCCAGGUGA